ACCGGGUCAGUAGGAGUGGCUCGGGCGGAGCUGGCAGUGGUGGCUGACUCGCAGUCGGCGGCUUCAGCUUCAUAUUUCCUGCGAGCCGUCUGCUCACGAAGCAGCAGAGCCGAAGCGAGAGCGGAGGAGGAGAGGAGCGGGAUGGCAGAGAACAGCUCCGAGACAAGCGGCUCCGCUCACCGGAGACACUCGGCCCACUCUCCCGGGGACAGGAACAUUUCAGUCGGGGCAUCCAAAUGGAUACGAUUAAACGUCGGGGGAACGUACUUUUUAACAACGAGACAGACGCUGUGUCGAGAUCCGAAAUCAUUUCUGUACAGACUGAGCCAAGCUGACCCAGAGCUCGACUCCGACAAGGAUGAAACUGGUGCCUAUCUCAUCGACAGAGACCCCACAUACUUCGGGCCGGUGCUCAACUAUUUGAGGCAUGGCAAACUGGUGCUCAACAGGGAUUUGGCAGAGGAAGGCGUCUUGGAGGAAGCUGAAUUCUAUAACAUCACAUCAUUAAUAAAACUCAUCAAGGACAAGAUCAGGGAACGGGACUGCAAAACAUCACAGGUUCCAGUAAAGCAUGUGUAUCGGGUGCUGCAGUGCCAGGAGGAGGAGCUGACACAAAUGGUGUCCACGAUGUCUGAUGGCUGGAAGUUCGAACAGCUGGUCAGCAUCGGCUCCUCUUACAACUACGGAAACGAAGACCAAGCCGAGUUCCUGUGCGUAGUGUCCAAGGAGCUGCACAAUCAGUCAUACGGGACCAACAGUGAGCCCAGUGAGAAGGCGAAGAUUCUUCAGGAACGGGGUUCCCGUAUGUGAGCAGGACGCAGUAUUACGAGCUCCAGGUGUUAUGAUGCAAACCUAUCAUCUUUGUGGACGAACGCUCAGCACAGCAAAGAUUUAAAACGGGGGGGCGUGGGGGUGUUGUUUUUUUGUCUUCCCCUUCAUAGUUUGUUUUUAUUUCUGGGUGUAAAUAAGCCUGUUUACUAACAGUUUGUGCCUGUACGUUUAAACUGGACCUUUUUUUUUGUUUGUUUUGUUGAAUUUGAUGAACUAGUGGCAAGUAUUUGAUUAUUUUUUCUUUUUAAUCUGAAACUAAGUAAAUGUAAUCUGCAAAUGGUUUAUGCUAUAUAAUAUAUGGCCAUCAUCACACAAGGCCAACAAUUCACUCAGGGUCAUCUAAUGAGUUAAGUCGAUAUCAUUUAACUCCGAGAGGGGGGGGUCCUGUAAGGGAUCAGUGUAACAAACAAAAUCAUCGCUUAAUAUAGACCAAGAAUGGACGUGCGCAUUUACACGAGUUAAGACUAUUAAAAUAUUAAAUUAUGCCCAACAUCCCACUGACGCGUUCGUUUUAAGAUUUUAAACUGAAAUUUUCUUUUUUCUUUAGAAGAUGACUUUAUCAAACCGCCCAAUAGUAUAAUCGUUAUAUGAGUGUCGAGGUAUAUUUAACCUCUUCACACCUGAGGCACCCUUUAAACA